CCCAAGCCCGGGAGAGAAUUUGUUUGACUUGUUCUCGUGGGUCUCCAUCGACCCCGGACCGUCUCACCUCAGGGGCUCUGUGAAGAUGGUAACGAGUGGCCGCCUUAGCGCGCCAGCUUGCGAAGCCCAUGGGCACGCGGCAGCUGGCCGUGUGCGCUUGCGCGCCGGUCUGGGCAGGGCAGGGCGGGACGGGGCGUCGCCCGCCGCUCGCUGGAGGCGGGGCCUGGGCCCGAGCGCCGCGCCCGCCCGCUGACCUCGUUGAACGCAGGUCCGUGACGUCACCCCGCCGUGACGCGUAUGCAGUAGGAAAACUAUAAAGAUGAAUGUCAUGCAUCACCCAAUAUGAAGGUUUUGGAAGUUAGAAGACAUUUACCAAGUAAAUUUACUUCAAGAAAGUUACUGUUCAAGUCACAUACAUCAUAAUGCGGAAUUCCUCAUCAGUACCACCAAAAGAGCAAGAUGAAUCAAACAUCCCUUCUGGAACAGCACAGAGUGGGAAGAGUUUACAGAAUAAGAGUCAGUUUAGGACCAUUGCACCAAAAAUUGUGCCUAAAGUCUUAACAUCCAGAGUGCUACCAUGUUCUUCCUCACUUUCUGACCAAGGGAGUGUGGCUCUAACCUCCAAGCCUCUGAGCAUACCCACCCAGAACUAUGCUCUGAUGCAGGUGGCUGGCCAGGAGGGGACGUUUUCUAUUUUUGCUUUGCCGAAUGUUGCCUCAGCUCAGCCAGUUCAGAAGCCCAGAAUGUCCCUGCAUGAAAACCUUAAACUGCCUAUUCCUCGAUAUCAACCACUAAGUAACAAAGGGUUAAGACAGAAACAGGACCUGAGCUCUCCCAAAAGUAGCUGGAAUGAACCUCCUGGCCCAGCCCAGACAUGCCAAAUGUACCCUUCUCCACAAGCCCAUUCUGAACUGCCUCACAAGGCCAGCCUGGUGAAGCAAGUGCCCACUUUAAACCCUUCUCCCACCAUCAAAACAGCUGCGCUGACCAGUAGUAUUGACCACAGAGAUUCAAAUCCUCUAGUGACCAACAGCUGUGGAGACCUGAAGCUUCCUGCCAUCCCAGCAUGCACUACAGAGGAUUGCUCUUCCCCACAGAACCUCCCAGCAAUCAUGCAGAAGGCAGACUCUGCCAGGAAGGAGGUGCCCACUAAGCCUGCUGUUGCUGCCAGGAAGGAGGUGCCCACUAAGCCUGCGGGUGCUGGUGAAGAGCUCCAAGAGCAGGUGGCCCCUGCACACACUGUCUUCAGCAGUGUGGUUCAGUUGGUCUCUUCAGUACCGAAGGAUACACUGCCCAUCCUGCCCUUCUCAAGAGGGAAAGCCACAGAUGCAGAUGAUGCCGAAUUAUCUUCUUUUGGAUACAGGGCAAACUGUGACGAGAGACUGUCCAUAACAGAAAGAUUUGAUGCAGCCACCACGAUGCCCAGCAAGAUGAGUGCUCUGCAUGGGUCAAAGCAGAAUGCUUGUGAAAGUACCUUCUGUCCUGUCACCAAAUUAGAUCUCAGCCACAAAGGAAAACCCAGCAGUGGGGUGGCAAAGAAAAGAGGAAGGAAAUGGAAAGUGCCAGAGGAGAUUUUAGCACUUCAGGGCAAAAGGAGGAAGUUCAUUAUUGAUAUGUGUGGAGAUGGCAUAGAGAGGGGGAGGAACAGUCCCCAAGAGCCCAGAGACCAGAAGCCCAAGGCUGCUUCAAGAAAGUAUCGUAGCAUCAUGCCCAAGCCUAUCAUCGUCAUGUCUACUUUGGCACCCCUGGCGUCUCCUGCAGCUGCACUGCAGUCCCAGGCUCCCAGCAGCCUAAGUCAGGAUGUUCUGCGGAAUAAUGCACUACCUCCAAAAUGUCUUGGCUCCAAGCAAAGUGACAGCCCUACCCCUAAGCCCAGCCCUGUACUCAGAAAUGGAUUCUCUGGCAUUAAGAAGCCCUGGCACAUGUGUCCCGUUUGUAACCACCACUUCCAGUUCAAACAUCACCUUCUAGACCACAUGAAUACACACACCAACAGACGGCCUUACAGUUGUGGGAUCUGUCGCAAGGCCUAUGUCCGUCCCGGCAGCCUGAGUGCUCACAUGAAACUUCACCAUGGUGAGAGUCGCCCCAAGAAACUAGUGUGCUGUGAGUUUUGUGCAAAAGUGUUUGGUCAUGUCCGAGUCUAUUUUGGCCAUCUGAAGGAGGUGCACAGGGUUGUGAUCAGCACAGAGCCCUCCUCCAGUGACCUGCAGCCAGGAGACACGCCAAAGAACAAAGACAGAGAUGCCUGUGUGCAAGGACCUGAUGGCCCACUGGAGAGAGAAACCAAGUCAAGUUUGGAAGAAGAUUUCCUUCUAAACCAGGCAGAUGAAGUCAAGUUGCAAAUUAGAUGUGCCCGUUGUCAGAUCACUGCUCAGUCUUUUGCUGAAAUAAAGUUCCAUUUGCUUCAUGUUCACGGGGAAGAGAUCCAAGGCCGACUUCAGGAGGCGAUCUUCCCAGGCGGCAGAGCUGGGGCUCCCCACCAGAAAACUCACACUGAGAGAAGGAAGCAGGCAAAGCCGUGUGCCUCUGUGGAAGACUCCCCAGCAUUCCCUAAAGUAAAACGGCAGCCACCCCCUCAUCAGAAGGGGGAGGAGGUGCUGGCAGAAAGUGAAGGUGGCCCAUGGGCAAUGAACAGCCCACAGCACCCCACCAGGCUUCUCUGGUCCCAUUCAGGCUUGAACUGCCUGCUCUGUGCCCAGAUGCUGGGGAGGAAGGAAGACCUGCUUCUCCACUGGGCACACCAGCACAACUGUGAGGACCCCACCAGACUCUGGGCUAUCCUGGGUGCAUUCUCUAACCAGGGAGCUCCUGAGUUUCCCAGUGGGGUGAAGCAGUGACACUGAGGCCAUGCAGCUGAAGAGAUGUCACACCACCUUUCUGUCAUGCUCUGUUUCUGUUAGUAUUUCAUGGUAAGGAUCUAGUACUCCCGGGCUAACACCAGGGCACAGAGGUAAUUUUUUGUGCAUAGUUUUAUUUUCUUAAGAAAUAAAAUAUGGGGCUGGAUGGUGGUGGCA